CCGGACUCGAACCGAAAAUAGCACGUGUUUUUGCGGUCAACAGUGUGGCUUCCGUGAUACCAUAGUGGUAGUGGUGCUUCAUCGGUAGCAGUGGGACAUCGAACCCGCAGCAUGACUCGGCGGCGAUCCGAGAUGGACGCCCAGGUGAAGAGGGCAUUGUCCAACCUCAGCGAAAAUGAGAAAGUGUUACGAUACCUACGUGUUGCACAACAGUACAUUGCGAUCCAGGAGCUUGGAGAAGCAGAGAGGUACCUCCUUCUCUAUCUUCAGACGAAGCCAGAAAGUCACGAAGCACACAAGGUGCUGGGAGAUCUGUACCUCAAACAAAAUAAAUACUACAACGCUUAUGAGGAACACAAAACUGCAUACGGGGCUCAGGCCAGUCCUGAGAUUCUUGCAGCCAUCUGUGCUUCGGCGGCGAAAAUUUCACUUGAUGUACAAAUUCGCCGCGAUUGGCUCAAGCGCGCUGAAAAGGUAAACCUGCCAGCCUCUGAUAUGCUACCCCUCAAAGAAGCUAUCCUACGUCAGGAGAACCCAAAUUCACAGGACAUGGAGGAUGUGCUUAAGGAGCAGGCCACCUUAUAUCCUCAAGAUGCUGAAUCACAGGCGAAGCUGGUCGGCUUUUACUCAGAAGCCCGUCGCUACGAGGAUUGUGUUCAGGUCAUUUUGCGAGUGGAGGGCACGCAGGAGAUGCGCACAAGCCCACGGUGGUACAAGGAAUGCCUAUCGGCUUUCUCCACAAUUCGGGAACUGAAAGCACUACCCCUUGAUGCACCACUGGUUAUGUUGCAUCUGCAGAUCGCCUCGCGCCUUACACUAAGCCUUAUGACCGACUCGCAAUUGUUAUCGGGAAGUCACUAUGACGACCAGAAGUCAUCACCGUCCGCCAACAAUAACUCCGUGACUGAUAAACAUCUUCGAACCGAAGACUUCCAUAGACAACUGCAAGAAUUUGACACACUGCUCCACGACGCGUUAAAUAUCAAUUCAUGGUACCGUGAAGGUCUAUGGGGCUUCGUGCUUGAACAUUUCACGGGUCAGUUGUUAUUCAUUUUUGCGAUGGCGAUGCUGCGUCGUGUAAGCAAUGAAGAUGAAGCCCGCGACGAAAGCUUUAGAAAACGUGCUCAGUCACUCAUGUUUGCUGCUCUCGAAAAGCGUCCCACUAAGGUUGAAGCCGAAAUAUGGUUUAUUAAGGCCGACGAAGCUAAUCGCAAGUUAUUGCAGGAACUGUAUCUAGACGGCUGCUACCGAACGGCUGUUUGUUAUCAUUGUUUAAGUACAGAGGCAUCAAUGUCAUUAGGUGAUGAGUUCGUUUCGAGGGUCAAACUGGCGGCGGCAGGCAACAAGGCUAUUGAGAUGAUUACUUCGCGUAUGUUUCCCGGCCAAGCAAUCAAGACGGUGUACAACCAAGCUGUCAUUAGUCGCACGUGUCAACGACUUCCAGAACGGUCGCAAAUAGUACCGUAUGAAGCUAACGCCUGCGUCCGAAUGGCCGGUAGCCUUGAGCACCUUGCUUGGUUCCUAGUGAGUGGCGCUGAUAUUCCAACGGAGCGAAUCUUCCGUACACUUCCGCCAGUGCCUGACCUUGAACACGGCGGUUACAAUCCAGCUCAAUCUGAUAUCGACGCUUUUCUUUCCGCAGUUCAUGCUGCCGUUAGGAUUUUCGGCGCAAAGAUGAAUAUGACUAAGCCGACGGCGCCACGAGAAGUGAUGCAAUACUCGUAUACGACGCCUAAACAGAGGAAAUACUGGAAGGUUCUCUAUCAGCGAUUUGUGAUGAAGACCAACUCCGUAAAGGGAUUGGUGCAAGUAAAGAAAACACUGAACGAUGGCCUGGAGUUUGUCAGGGGCGGAGAUGGGCAUGAUUCACGCUCGAGGAUGCCGAUAUGGUUUAUGGCGCAGAUUGCUCGAGAUUUGCUGAAGAAGGCGCACAAAAAGAGCGCUUAUUUUGCCGUGGCGAUCCACUAUUAUAAACGGAUUCUUACUCAAUUGGACGACCACUCUUCUAUUCCACUGGCGGCAUUGAACAGUGGGUCCCGAACCAGUUUCUCCUCAAUGUUCGAGCUUCCCAAGCAAUACACUUUUGAUGUUGAAGAAAUGGGCAGAUUACGGAGUGAGGCUCGAAUUGAAAUCGGAAAAUUCUUGUUUUUCUCUGGCGAACUUGAGAAUGCGAUCAAGACACUGGCAGAGGUUUCACACCCUUAUGGCUACCUUUAUUAUGCGCGAGCUGUGCGCAAACUCAGUCGACAGCUUGUUGCAGAGCAUGAUUUGGAAACGGCUGAAAUGCUAAAAGAACGCGCACGUGCUCUGCUGGCUAGGGGUAUUCCGAUGGCAAAACACGAUCCCGAGCUCGUCGAAAAGCUUCGUAGAGAAUUAGAUGCGUACGACAUGGACAAUAAAGGAUAUGGAAACGGCACGUUAACGCCGACCAACAAUCCAAACGGCACUUCCAUCGGUUCGGUUAGCCUCAAUUUGAGUACUCUCAUUCCAAGAGUGGACGCACCCGUCGCUGUCGAGUUUGACCUAGUUCGUAUAGAGUCAAUUAUCAAGGAACAGUGCGACAAAAUCGUAGCAGACUCGGCCCAGAGAAGUGCGAAAAUGGCGUUUGAGUUAGCCGAACUUAAGGCAAUGCAAGGACAACUCGUUGACAGUGUUGCCAAGGUUGCAGCUGGCCAGACCGCCACAGAGAGCCAACUGCAAGUCUUAUCGCAGACUGUGUCUGAACUCAAGGUAAAAGUGUCACAGCUUGGACAACAGAUUACCCGGUUGGAGGAGAUGACCAUGCUUCAGCAGGCUAACCAGCAGGACUAUCACGAAUAUCAAGAUAAUCAACAGUCACAACAGCAUUCGCAACAGUCACACGAUAGCCAGAGCACAGGCCUUAGCCAAGGUGGAAGCACUAGUAAUUAUACGAGUGGCGCGCUAGUGAUUCCUCCGGGCACCGGUUUGCCCCAAUUCAAUUUGACGAGCAUGCGAGCGCCUCUGCAGGCUCACGCAGGAUAUACCACUGUGACAUCGGGAUCGGGGGUUACAGGAUAUCCAUCUAACACCAGUGGCGGUACCAAUCAAGGCUUUAAAGCACCAGGCAGUUCACCGACCUCUAGCUCUCAAAUGGCGACCGCCUUGCCAAUGAUUCUAUUCGAUUCGCCUGGUACAGUCUUCGAAAAACGAACAGGCCAAACUAAUUUCAUACCGGUUGGUGGUGUUCACCAAAUCACUGUAUUUGACACUAAUUUCUCGUAUGGAACAAGUACGAAGACAUUUUUGUACUACGAUGCUACAGCAACGUACUUAAAAUUUACGCUCAACUCUGAGAUGACGGCGCGUGCAUUCGAAGCCAACGGACAGACGAACCUUACCUGGACAGUCGGCGGGACUGAAUACUACGCGCGUUUUGCUGAUCUGUCAUGUCUUCCGGAAACGCUCAUGCGCGUCUUCCAGACCUGUGGAGUGAUAGUCAUAAAGAGCGAGCUGCCAUUAACGUCGAACACUUCACAAGAUCGUAGUAAUAAACUGUAUGGGUUGCCUUCGUUGAUUGGUGCUGGCAACGCAUUGCCCCCUAGCCCUCUGCAAAGUAUGGCUGCGCUUGUCAACAAGACUGAAAAUCAGAAAUCUUCUGCUGCAACAGCAGUAGGAUCGUCUCCAAGUGGGAGUUUCUUUACGAUGCCAAGCGCUACUUUGACCCCUACGAAGCAUGUAUUUGGCGCUUUCGGUGCUAUCUCCUCUGGCGUGACGACUACACCAACGUCGUCAUCUACGUUCUCAUUUAGUCUGAGCGGUUCGGCUGCAUCGGUCGCGAAUGAGACAACUGACACGAAAACGACGCCGACAACUACUAAAGGCGUGACGUUCACUUCCACGACGACCCUGGCUGUUAAUUCUGCCAAAGAUAAAACUCCUGAGAAAGCACAAACAACGCCGCAAAAACCAGUCGCGUCGAACCCCUUUGCCGGAUUCACCUUCGGCGUUCCGAAGACCGAUCAGAAAACCCCGACAUUUGGUGCAUUCAACAGUGUUACAACGUCUCCUGCUAGUGGUGCCAGUGCGGUCUCGAGUUCGUCGUCAAAACCAACGUUUAGCUUCUCGACAACUUCGCCGGUGACUCCGACAACAACUAUAAAGCCCACGUUCAGCUUUUACAAUACCACUUCAUCUGGUGCUUCCGCUUCCUUAGGUGUUCAGUUAUCCCCACAGAUCCAAGACUCGAAGGAUGUGGGCGAACACGUGGACGAAUACGAACCGACGGCGCACUUCCAACCAGUCAUCGAGCUUCCAGACCUUGUCGAGGUUACUACAGGUGAGGAGAGUGAAGAUGUGAUAUUCUGCGAAAGAGCUAAGCUUUACCGUUUUGCUGGCGAUACAAAAGAAUGGAAAGAACGCGGUUUGGGUGAUCUGAAAAUUUUGCGGCAUAAGGAUACGGGUAAGUACCGCGUAGUCAUGCGGCGCGAGCAAGUGUUUAAGCUUUGUGCCAACCACCAAAUUGUUGCCGGUCUUAAGUUACAAAAGCGCGCAAAGGACACCGAGUUAAUGUGGGCAGCACCGGAUUUUGCUGAUGGAGAGGUUAAAAAUGAGCAGUUCGUGGUUCGUUUCAAGACUGCUGAACAGGCCAGUAGGUUUAGGACAACAUUUGAAAACGGUGUAAAAGCUGCGGAAUCGAAAAAUCUUCAAAAGCCAACAACGAGCAAGGUCCAACAAAAGGAAGGGGCAACUACUAACAACCUCAUGGAUAAAUUCAAACCGAAAGCAGGUUCGUGGGAGUGUACGACAUGUUAUGUCCCUAAUUCCGCCUCGGAUAUGACGUGCGUAGCGUGUAGUAAUCCUAAGCCUGGCACGAAGUCACCAGUCAGCUCUGCUACUGUCCAACCCACAUUUUCUUUUGGAAUUAAAAAACCUGCAACAUCUGCACCCGGUGGGACUACAACUAGCUUUAAAUUCGGUCUGGCAACGAGUUCCGAGCCGGUAUUCGGCAUCUCAUCAUCAAAUGCUGAAGAAAACGGAACUUCGCCUACUUCUACUUUUUCGUUAGGCAUGCCAGCCUCAUCCUCAACUGCCUCAAUAACAACUUCCACGACAACCUCGACGACAUCUGUUGGAUUCUCUUUCGGAGGCGGCGCUUCUACUGGUUUUGUGUUUGGGCAGCCUAGUAAUUUCACCAGCACCUCAAGUGCCCUCGCUACGUCACCACCAAAGUUUGGCUUUGGUACACCAAGCGGUACCGAUCCUAGCAACAAAAUCGUUGGAAAUGAGGAUGAAAAAAAAGACUCCUUAGGGGGAUUUACAUUUGGCAGCCCUCAGAAGCACGAGUUUUCGUUUGAGGCUCGCCACGCCUCAGAGGAUGAGGAAGAGGUAGCUGAAUCAAAGGAUGUGUACUUCGCACCGGUGAUUGCUCUUCCACCUGUUGUCGAGGUUGUCACCGGAGAGGAAGACCAAGAACUUGUCUAUUCGCAUCGAGCGAAGCUCUACCGUUUCGUCGGCAAGGAAUGGAAAGAGAGGGGAACCGGUGACUUCAAAUUACUGAAGGAUCCUUUCUCCAAAAAGUUCAGGUUGACCAUGAGGCGCGACCAGGUGUUCAAGGUUUGUCUUAACCAUUAUCUUACCAAGGAAAUCAACUUUAAGCGACGUGAAGACCAGAGAAGUAUUGAAUGGAGUGCAAUUGACUUUGCCGAAGGUGAGCCGGAGCCGACGCUGUUCGCGUUACGUGUUAAAACGAAAGAAAUCUGUGACGCGCUUUUAGACACGAUUGCAAUUGCCCAGUCGGAGGCAAGUGCCCUACCAGGAACACCUUUACCCUCCACAGUAAAGACGCUACAAAUCUCGUCAUCAUCGGAUACUAAGUCCAAAGAGCAGAAAACACCCGCCAGCUCGUUCUCCUUUAAGCUAGAGGACAACAAAGUAUUGGAAAACAAGGAGAGCCCAGUCACCACCAAAUCAAGUGAAUUCAAGUUUGGACCUAGCAGAAAUCUUUUUGGUAGCACUUCGACAUCAACCUUUGACAAUGAGGUGAUUUUCGUAAAAGAAGAAAAGGCAUCACCACAAGAUGUUGCCCGAGCCCGACAGCUCAUGCUGCCUGACAAUUUCUUCCUGUACGAGACGCGUUGCCGAAAAUGCAAAGGGUGUCGGGGUUGCGACAAUGACCCGCCCGAAGAACAAGAAUUACCCAUACAUACUUCUGUGAGUACAAAUCCAGCUACGACUGAAACUGAUACGAUAUCAUUGCCAUCAUCACUCGCCCAAAAGGACGCUAGUCCUGCAAGACCCACUCCAGUCUUUGGUGCGCAGUCAACCUUUGGAACCACAGCUGCCGUUGAGUCAGAUUCUACUACCCAGAAGCCACCGGGUGGUGAAAACGGUGGUGGCGGAUUUGUCUUUGGUUCGUCUACUGGCAUGUCGUUCGCUUCACUGGCGCAAGUAAAUCAGAACGUCGAGUUUAACUUCGCUACUACCGCAGAUGCAGCGGCGCCUUGGACAGACCCCCAAAACCAACGCUCAUUCUUCACGGCUUUCACAAAGAAGGCUAAUGCUACCGCGGACGGAACAAAUACGAGCGAAACCGGCGCAGGAGAAGAGGGCGACACCGGUGAAGAAGUUGAGGCCGCGGUCGAUGUCCACUUUGAGCCUGUGAUCCCGUUGCCAGAACUGGUCCCCGUGUAUACAGGCGAAGAGGAUGACGAACUGCUUUACGCGCAAAGGGCCAAACUUUACGUGUACCAUCCCGACACAUCGGAAUGGAAGGAGCGCGCCCUGGGGGAAGCAAAAAUCUUGCGAUGCAGUGAUGGCCGAGCGCGCAUCGUUGUUCGUAGAGACAUGGUCCAUAAGGUGGCUUGCAAUCACUACAUUACCAGUAAUAUGGAGCUGAGGCCGAUGGCGACCUCAAAUAGCUCGUUGACCUGGUGCGCGAUUGAUUUCGCCGACGGUGAGCCGACACCAGCAACGUUCGCUAUCCGAGUUAAGGGCGCUGAUCGUCUCGACGAAUUCAGACGGAUUUUUACCGAGGAGGUUGAACGGAGCAAGCAGAGGAGCGCUGAUGAAGUGAACUCUGGGGCCCGUGCGUCGGAGAAAUCACCGAGCGGUGCUGAUACUUUGCUCCGAGGUGGUGAAGCAGGUGAGGUGGCUAGCGGAGAUGCUGACAGUGAUAGCAUACUGUAUGAGGCAAAAGUACUUCUGUUUGAGGAGAUCCCGCUUGGAGCUGCAUCUUGGAAACCUGUCACAGACGACAAGUGCAUUUUGCGGGUCAUCUACGAUGACGACAUCUUUGCGCAAGUGAUUUUGCUCAUCGAUGAGCCAAGUGGAAAUACACUGGCGGAAACGGUGAUCGCCGUGCAGACGUCGCUGCGAGAAGAUGGGGUGCAUGGCAUCUGGAUGGCCCAGGAUACUUCUCAAAAACCGCCCGUGAGGCGACGUUUUCGGGCCACUUUCAGCUCGAAAGCUGCACUCUCAGAAUUUGCUAGCAUAUUUGCUGAAGGCAAAGAGAGCGCAGUCGAGUGUGGCGUAGUUGAAACAGAUGACCCAAUGCCAAUUCGAUCUGGCAGAAUACAGUGAGAUGAAGCUAAGGUAUCAGUGAGCGAGGGUGUCUGACGCAACAUUAUAACUAUCCAUCAAAGUCAACACGAAACAAACGAUUCCUGCCGGAAUCUGUUGGACACAACCGACAGACAAUCAUGUAGCCUUCUAUGUGAACUAAAAUCUGAAUAACGUGCGCCGCUUUCAAAUGAGGUUUCCUUUACAAUUAGUUAUAUUAUCGUUCAGACACGUCUCGAGUAUACACUAUGUUCAGUGCAUACCGAUCAGAGAAUUCAGUCAAAUCAUAUUGCUGGACAAAUAACCUAGGUAGUUUAUGAAAUCGUAUAAUAAGGUCUCAGAAGAGGAUUCUUUAUUGGUUGAUUUUUCAACCAAUGGUAGUCAAUUUGUAUCUUCAAAAAUAGCUACCUAACUUGUACCAUGCAUUCACAUAAAUGUCGAUUAAACACAGAUCUAUGUGUGAUAAGUACAAUGACAGCUUGACUUGGAAUGCACGUAGCAACUUGACAACGCUUACGUUGAAACUGGAAACAAAUGUUAAUGAAGAGCUGCAUGCUCAGAUUAUUCUUCCAUUACUGAAUUAAUCAAUGUUUGCAAUUUUUAGAGCAACGAAUUUGUCAAUGAAUAUGAAAUGCAUUUAAUAACCUGUACGAGUUUCGUAAUUGUUCCUAUGAAGUUGUGUGGCAACAUAUACUUGUUAUUAUUAUUAUUAUUAUUAUAGGGCUUAGUGGCGGUAACUAUUACAAGCCUAGAGAGGCAGAAAAUUUUGAAAGAACUGCACCUGUUUUAAGACCCGGCGCUGGGUACGCAGUAUUAUAACUGUUUAUUUUUAAGAGAGCGGGUGGCCAUGUUACGUAUAUCGUGUAUAUUCCUUGAUACCUUUGAUCUUUAACAAGGCUAUUUCCAUAAUACGUUCUUAUUAUAGAGGCUCUUCUCAGCAUGAAAUGUAUGAUUCAAUAGGACUUUAGAGAUUAGAGCGCACGUUAGGGUAAGGAUCUAUCUUCAAGUAAUAUAUCUAAUUCCCUGCUUGUAUAUUAGAUAUAAUUAUUAAAUUAGUAUUAGUAGAUUUGUGAUAUUAAUAAUGACUUCCUUCAAGUCACAGAAGAUGGGUUUUUCAAUCUAAAACACGUAACUUCGUAUGCGGCGGCUGCUAGCGACAGACGAUGUAGAAUAAGAUACGCGGACAAUAAAACAUACAUAUUUACAGAGAGCCACAUGCACGUCUACACAGUUAAUGAAAGGAAUUAAGAUAAGUAAACUUUUCCGAUAUAGGGAUUGAAACAUCUCUGGUAUUUUACAUUCAUAACGAAUAAAGCAGUGAGUAGUUCAUAAUGCAUGGAUUAUAUAAGUAUUUAAUAUUAUUCUAUUGCUUGAAAUAAAUGUUUGUAAAUCGCAGCAAGAACGCGUGGAUGUUUUCGAAUCUAGGUAAAAGGCAGAAAUGAUGUUGGCAUAACAGAGCCCGAUUAAACACAGCGAAUGUUAGCACAAAUGGCAUCAAUAAAUAAUAGUUUACUGAGACACAAUGUUUUUAUUUCUCGUACAUCUAUACUGCUAAUGUUCAUUUUUUACUUCGCUUUUCAGUAUUAUACAAAUAGUGUAUAAUAUUUUUUAAAAUAAUAAAAUAAAAAAAAUAUAUAUAGAAUUUUUGAAAAACCUCG